UUUGAACUGUGAUCUGAGUCUUAAAUUUGUUAGGUGCAAUGGAGCAGUCACUGUUGAUAGGGGAAGUAGCUAGUGAAACAGGUCAAAGAGGGAGUGAGAAAUGGGGUUCUUAUGAGUAUGUGGGAAGGGCGGGCUCUGUGAUUCCCACGACUUCCUUAGCUGGAUCAGAAGUCAGCGUUGAUGAGAUUCGGUCUGCUGCUUCUAUGUCAAUUCCUUACUCUCCUUCUCUCCAUGCCCCCUUGAUCAGCUCUCCUCAAUCCCAAUCCCAAUCCCAGCCACAGUUUUAUGAGCAAGGGAUUGUUUAUCAGGGUGGGUACUAUGGAGAUGCAAGUGGAACUACUGGUGAUCUACGGAGGCAAGUGCUAGAUGAGGUAGAAGUACGAGAGUUGCUUAUAGAUCAUGUUGGCCAUCGCUGCUGUUGGGGAAGUCGUCCAGCUCGGACCUGGAAGAUUCAUGCAAUUGAAGACUGCAAUGUCUAUGUGGGAACUCUGGAAACUUUCACGGAAGAGAGAGAUACAGUUGUAGAGAAGGAGCUGUACUCCGGUGGCAGCAUUGAAGGAAAGGACAAGGGGCCUGAAACAGGAAUAUGGGAGCUGGAUUUAAGGUCUGAGUUUCCUGUAUUAUUUGUACCUUACAAGGAAUCGAGACUGAGAAUUCCUCAUUCUGAAACUAUUGAGAAAUGUUCAGGUUGUGAUGGUCGAGGCAAUACAGUUUGUCCUACUUGCAAUGCAGAUCAAGAUUCAGGGUUCUACAAGGAGGGUCAAAUGACUCAGUGUACGACUUGCUAUGGAAGGGGUCUGAUUGCUCAUAAGGAUGGAUCUGAUACAAUAUGCCUGAAUUGUAGAGGUAAUGGAAAACUUCCUUGUGCGACUUGUGAAUCUCGUGGCCUCAUCAAAUGUCAAACAUGCCAAGGUGGUGGUUCUCUUUUGACACGGAAAGUAGCUGUUGUUAGAUGGAGGACACGUUCAACCCGGAAAGUAAAUGCUACAAGCGGAGCAGCUUCUGUUCCAGACGAUGUGUUUCACAGAGCAAAGGGAGUUCAGUUGUGCAAUAACCAAGCAUACCAGUGCACACCAGCCUACUUUGCUGAUUCGUAUUUCCUUAACAAGUUCUCUUCUGAAGUAAUUGCAGAGAGACCUUCUAUACCUACUACUGCAAGGAUGAUAUGUGAGCGCCACACUAUCUCAGUUGUCCCGGUGACUCGCGUGACCAUGACUGAUCGUAACCGCUCCUUCAGCUUCUAUAUUAUUGGAAAUGACAGAGAGGUUUAUAUGAAAGACUACUAUCCUUCUAGGUUUUGUUGGGGCCUUUGCCCUUGCCUGGAAUGGUUGAAGUUAUAAUUCAAAAACUGGAUUUGCUGUUGUCAUCAUUGGUCUGAGUUUGUCCCAAGUGUUCAAGGAGAAUAAUAUGCUCUAUGCUUUGCACUAUUCCCAAAAAAGUAAAAAAAAAGUUGUUUUCCUAUCAAUAAUGUCAUAAUCGGGAAAUCCUAGUAGCUCAUUUCGUUUGGUUGGCUAUAAGCUUUCAUCCCGUUGGUGAUCAUUGGUUGGUUAGCUACCUUUCAUUACGUUGGUGAUCAUUGGUUGGCUGGUUACCUGAACUUUAAUGUCGUUCUUCAUAAGUUGGUCGAUUGACUAAUUGAACUUUCAUCUCAUUGCUUAAGGUUCGAUUUUUCACCUUGUAAUCCUCUUUCCUAUUACCCUUUGUAGCUAUCCUAUUUUAUUUUAUUUUUUAAAAAAUAAAAUAAUGUCAUAAUUCUUUUCAAUUUUUCUUAAUGGAGCAAGUAUU